AUGGAAGAAAAUACCAUUAGUAUCGUAACACGUUACUUUGUGAAUUCAGUGAAUUCUUCACAUCCCAAUAAAGGUCACUAUCAACAGCCCAUCCCAAUCAAAGUCAUCAUCAACAGCCCAUUCCAAUCGAGGUCAUCAUCAACAGCCCAUCCCAAUCAAAGUCAUCAUCAACAGCCCAUCCCAAUCGAGAUCAUCAUCAACAGCCCAUCCCAAUCAAAGUCAUCAUCAACAGCCCAUCCCAAUCGAGGUCAUCAUCAACAGCCCAUCCCAAUCAAGAACGUCAUCAACAGCCCAUCAAAAUCAAGGUCAUCAGGAACCGAACAUCCCAAUCAAGGUCAUCAUCAACAGCCCAUCCCAAUCAAAGUCAUCAUCAACAGCCCAUCCCAAUCGAGGUCAUCAUCAACAGCCCAUCCCAAUCAAGAACGUCAUCAACAGCCCAUCAAAUUCAAGGUCAUCAGGAACGGAACAUCCCAAUCAAAGUCAUCAUCAACAGCCCAUCCCAAUCGAGGUCAUCAUCAACAGCCCAUCCCAAUCAAGAACGUCAUCAACAGCCCAUCAAAUUCAAGGUCAUCAGGAACGGAACAUCCCAAUCAAAGUCAUCAGCAUCAGCACAUCCCAAUGAAGGAUCAAGAGUUUUAG